GUCCGGAGUUGUCGAGUGCCCUGAGGACCAUACGUGUCGACAACGGUCUGUGCGCUGCGUGUCCGGCCAGAAUGAAUGCCGUGUUAGCCGGGUGCCCGGCCUCCUCCGCAUUCAAUCGCACACAUGCAUUAUACUAUUAG